AUGCUGUUCACCAGCCAGCCCACUGAACUCCUCGUUACCGUGCUUGCUGUGAUUGCUGCUUUUGCCCCACCGAUCGCCGCCGAAUCCUUCGCUAGUACCAUCAUCUACACGGGUAAAGAUUGCUCAGGAACUCCGUUGGUUGUUUCAGUCAUUGGUUCCGUCGACUGCGAGGCUGUAGAGUGCGUACUGUUCAUCGCUGACAGCGUAACUUACUCGUCCGAAACAACGUGCGAGACUACAGAUCGGCAAACGUACGUGGCCGACACGUUCGCUGGUUCCAGUUAUGUCAUGAUCGAGACAUAUUCCAAGUUAUGCACGUUCUUCUUGGGGGCUAUGGCGUUUCUUGCAACAGGGGAGUGUCAGGUUUAUGAUGAUCACGGCGACAACUACUUCAUCGCCAAGGUGAAUAAAGAUGGCUCGGCAAGCCAAGGCAUCUACAACGACAGCUCGUGUACUGGAUCUCCAUUCCUCGGGUAUGAACCAGACAGCGAGACGGUCUCGAGUCACUCGUGCUACAACAACUACAGCGUCAUUUACACAAGCAGUUCUAGUACUGCUACUAGUUCUAGCGUUUCAGUCAGUACUCGUUCUCAGACAGCGUCCAGUAGCAGGGGAAACUCAGGUAUAAAUGUCGGUUCUAACGGCAUUAGUCCAUCUAACAGCUCUAUAAUCGACGAAGCAGGAUCCGAGACUACAGUGUCAACCACGCCGGUCGAGAGCUCUGGAGGAGUCAGCACGGGUGCUAUCGUCGGGAUCCUUGUAGCGUACGUCAUUCUUUGCGUAGCUGCGUGCAUCUUGUGUAUGGAUCGAAUGGAAAAUUUCAUUCGCAGCCUCGGAUUAAGAAGAUAA